AUGUCUGGCUUUCAAAAUACAAACGACUAUUCUUGGCAACCUCCUGAAAAUAGUCAAAAUUAUUCUUUCAAUAAUUCAAAUUCUUUUGGUGAUGCAUCUCAGAAUCUAGAUUUUCAGACAUUUGCUCCAGAACAUCAAAACUUUUCUUAUGAUCAGGGCCAGAAUAAUCCACCUAAUAAUAAUCAAUAUUACAACCCAAGCUUAUUUUCGCCUGCCCCAAUACCAGGAGAAGCUGUUACAGCAACUUCAGAAUUUGAUGAGCCACCACUGCUUGAUGAGUUGGAAAUAUAUCCAGACAGAAUCCUUGAAAAAACACUGGCUGUUCUAAAUCCAUUUCAUGGACAAUCUAAGGCAGAUGAUGCAAACUUUCUGUUGCGAGAUACAGAUAUAGCGGGACCAAUUGCAUUCUGCUUAGCGCUGGCAGUCUGUCUAUUCCUUGCUGGUAAUAAGGCACAUUUUGGUUAUGUAUAUGGAUUGUCAAUGAUGUCUGUAAUAUUAAUGUACUUUUUGUUGUCCCUUAUGAGUCGCUCUGAAGGAGUGUUUACUAUUUUAUGCGUUGCCAGUGUUCUAGGAUACUGUAUGUUACCAAUGGUUGCUUUGGCAGGGCUAGGAAUUUUCAUUUCCCUAGAGGGAGGAAUAGGUUUAUCAUUAUCAGCGAUAGCUGUUAUAUGGUCAGCAUUAUCAGCAAGCAGAUUGUUUGUUACUAUGUCAGGAGAUUCAGAACAAAGACCUCUAAUUGCAUAUCCUUGUGCAUUAGUAAAUGGAGUGUUUGCUUUACUAGUUUUGUUUUAA